CAGCAGGAAAGCCUCUGGGGCACAUGUCUGGGCUACACUCCCCAAGCUUGCCCCCUCCACUGGUCUGCCCCUUGUCCGGGACCCUACCUGUCUCCUCCCUCUGCCCUGGCGAUCCUGCCCAUUAGCCAGCCUGCUGGGGAGCAAUCAGAUUAACUAGUGGCUGAGGAAAUGCACGUACUGCUUGAGAAACAGAAACAACACACAGCAAACUUCACUGGAGGACUUGAAAGUAUCAGAGACCUUCAGAGCCACCCCAUCUGCCCUGCUCACAGAGGGGCAGAGGGGACCGCCCCACCUCCUCCUGAAGAAAGGCGCAUGGAUCCAGUCCGGGUUGCCGUUGUGGGGGCAGGGGUCAUGGGGCUCUCCACCGCUCUGUGCAUUUCCAAGCUGGUCCCACGAUGCUCCAUCACGGUCAUUUCAGACAAGUUCUCCCCUGGAACCACGAGUGAUGUGGCAGCUGGAAUACUUAUUCCUCAUGCUCAUCCAGACACACCCAUUCACAAGCAGAAGCAAUGGUUUAGAGAGACCUUUGAUCAUCUAUUUGCAAUUGCCAAUUCUGCAGAAGCUGGAGAGGCUGCUGUUCAUCUGGUGUCUGGUUGGCAGAUAUUUCAGAGCAUUCCAACCGAAGACGAGCCAUUCUGGGCUGAUGUGGUUCUGGGAUUUCGAAGGAUGACCGAGGCGGAGCUGAAGAAAUUCCCCCAACACGUGUUUGGUCAGGCGUUUACGACGCUGAAGUGCGAAGGCACAGCCUACCUCCCGUGGCUGGAGAAGAGGGUAAAAGAAAGUGGGGGCCUGAUGCUCACCCAGCGAAUAGAAGACCUGUGGGAGCUUCACCCGUCCUUUGACGUUGUGGUCAACUGUGCAGCCCUUGGAAGCAGACAGCUAGUGGGAGACUUGAAAAUUUUCCCCGUGAAGGGUCAACUACUCAAUGUUCAGGCUCCCUGGGUGAAGCAUUUUAUUCGAGAUGGGAGUGGGUUGACAUAUAUUUACCCCGGUGCAUCCAACGUAACCUUGGGUGGAAGUAGGCAAGAGGGAGACUGGAAUCUAUCUCCAGAUGCAGAAAUUAGCAAAGAUAUUCUCUCCCGAUGCUGUGCUCUGGAGCCUUCUCUCCAGGGAGCCUGGGACAUAAAGGAGAAGGUGGGCUUGAGGCCCUACAGGGCAGGCAUUCGGCUGCAGAUAGAGGUCCUAGCCCGGGAUGGCCAGAGGCUGCCUGUAGUCCACCACUAUGGCCACGGGAGCGGGGGCUUCUCUCUGCACUGGGGUACUGCUCUGGAGGCUGCCAGACUGCUGAGUGAGUGUGUUCAAGCCCUCAGGACCCCAGCUCCCAAGUCAAAGAUGUAAAUGACAUAAAAUGACAGCAAAUGGUCCAGUAAAUGACUAUUGAUCAAAAUAGAAUUUUUUUUCAGAAUUAGAAAUGAUACAAUGUGUAUGAAUAGAUUUAGAACUAGUACUAAUCUAAUCUAGUGCUAAUCUGGUACUAGACUUAUAUCUAUUACUAAACACAUGGGAUAAAACGUUCUAUUUUGAUUUUUAAAAAGAUUACUUUUAGAUCUAGUGUGCAAGGAUCUAUGCCAAUUAACAUGGCUGAUAACUCCGCAGGAGGAGAUAAUGUAUGGACAUUGCUGAACUCACUGUCAGCUGCAGAGCUGCCCAUGAUGCUCACAGGUUGUAGUCAAAUGGGCAUGAUAGUCCCUGUAGAUAAAAUUACACAGUGAUCAUGCAGUAUAGGUUUAUUCCAUUUAAUGGAAAACAGAGCAUGACUCCUGCUAGGAGAAUUCCUGGUAGAAGACACUGAUGAAGUUACCCAGAGACACAGCAUCAACUCAGGGUCAGUCCCCAAAGGGUCAUACUUUGCAUCGCCACAGGCAGUUGAGAGUGGGCAUGUAUGGUUGACUGCGCCUAGCAUUUCUGAAGACUGAAGACCAUGUGCAGCCAAAGAGCUAAUUUGCUAAUUAAGGUGGAACAAUCAUUCUGAAUAAAAUAUAACCAGAGUUUUCUGCAAGUUGUUAAAAAGUACUGGGAAGGAGGGGCAUGUGUCUCAUGAUAAAAUGAAUUUGGGAAUUGCUGUAUUAAAUAUAUCUAAAUGGUUUCUUGACAUGGGCCUGCUCAGAGCCUUCAAUGCUUUUAUGUGCAUUGUGAAUCCUCAGGAGGAUUUUUGGCUUAAUGAAUGGUAAAGGAGGGGCUAUUCAUUGAGGUAAGGAAGCUUGGGAGAAACAGAGGUAAGUUUAAUUUUAAUUUUGGGGGGAGAUGGUGUAUUAUGUUUAGAGAUGAAUUGUAUUUAGAAUAUUCUGAGGGAGAUGUGGGGUUGGCAAUGAGAAGGUGGGAAAUAGAAAGCCCCUAGGACAGCUUUAUUUUUACUUUUUGCUCAUUGAGCUUUUGCAUCUGAUUUUGUUUGAAGAUAAAAUGCUGCUGGGAGAGAGAAAGAAGGUGUGCGGGGUGGCGGGAGAGAGAAAACGUUCAAGUGUGGGUUCUUUUCUAUAGAUUUCCACCAGGGGGUGGUAUUGUAUCAAAUUCAGAUACAUUUGAAAAUUUAGAAAUGACUAGAAAUAAAAAAAGGAUGGAUACCACAUGUGUUGAGUGAAUAUGUGAUUAUUUUGAGUUUUUAUGCCCCAAAUGCCUGUUGUUCUAAAUUCUGUGUAAAGUGUUUGAUAAAUGUACAAACUUAGACUGAAAAUACACACAGACCCACACUAACACACUUUCAUAACAUGACAUCUGUGAGAAAUAAUAUGUUAAGAUAA